GUUACACGUAACGCCAUCACCAUGCAUCGUCUUACAAUGCUCAUAUUGUCACUGACAGUGCUGUUUGUGUUCGCAGAAUAUUCCGAGGACACAGAAGGCGCCAUACCAAGUAGACUAUUGAGGUCAGCUCAAGAAGCCAAUGACUUCAUGGGAAGUGAUCAAGACCUAGAUGACGAUAACGACCUCACUAAACGAGACUGGGAAAUGCCAGAAUUCGGAGAAUAUAAAGAGCGAAAUAACUGGCGCAAUGGUGGUCGACGUCCAGGUGGGGGCUGGGGACAGGGUGGUAAUGGCUGGGGCAGACCCGGCGGAGGACGUCCAGGAGGGAGCUGGGGUCGUUAUUAGGAUGUGAAAAAGGAAUGAGUUUUGUGGUACUCAUUACGAAUUUGGGAAAUAAAGUGAAUUGGAAAAAAUAUUCCACAGAAAAGACAAGAAUAAUAAACGAAGAAAUAACCGAAACCUUUGUUGUUCAGUAUAUUUAGUACCAAAUGGUGCCGUUAGAAUUGUUAUACAAAAUAUUACAUGGUUUUGCUGUUGGAAAACGGUAAUUUAUCUAAGGAGCAAAGGCAAGUAGGCCUAUAGUAUUCCGUUUCCUACCACAGCAGGGGCGGAGCAGUGUAGAAAAUAGUGGUACGGCUCGAGAUUCGCCAGACUCUCCUUUCAAAUUCAUCUGUGAAGGACAUUUUAACAAAUACAACAAAUAUGAACGAAAAAAGUGGUACGGUCAUGCCGCCCUUGCACAGGUACCCCCAAACAAAAACCCCUAAUACAUAUACUACAGUUACAUAUAUAACGAAAGUAUAACUCAUCCCAUGUCACUGUUUGGGGAUACCUGUAUUUCCUACAUGUGAGAAACCAUGUUUAAAACUAAUUUAAACACCACCCUAGUAAACCGAAAUUAAGGCUAUAUGCGACAGUAUGACCCACUUAUGUUUCAUCAGUGAAAAUCGGUAUCUGUAUUUCUAAUUUGUAAUAUAUACACUGACCUGUUUUGGUGAUAUCCAAACUGUGGAACAUUAACAAAACAAGCGAACUGUUGCAGCUUCUCCAUUUGUAAAAUAUAAAUCCAUAUCAAGUAAUCGAAUAUUUCUUUGUACACGUUAAAUAUGCUCAUAGACGUCAAAUAGCUAUACCGGUCACAUAUUUCAUAACUUCAGCUACAUUUUGAAGAAUGUAUGUAGAGCAACUUUGACGUCCAUAACCAUAUUGAAACGUCAUCGUAUUGUUGACGUAAUAAUUGUGUUUCCGGUAACGUCCAGUACACGAAAACUAUCGAAUAGUGCUGACCGAUUUAAAUUCCAGUUUUAUUCUUUUCGGAAUGCCGUCUGACCAAUCAAAACACAACUGACGUAAAUCCUGCAUCAGCCUAAGACACCCGGGAUGACUGUUCACGACAUACGGUCAUGUUAUGUGGAUACGGUGUGACAUUGGAUUAUGUAAAAUUAUAUACCAACUCUCGCUAAUUGUGGAAGUUUAGUAGAGGUGUGCGGUAUUACCGGUAUACCGGUAUUUUUUUCUGUCGUGGUACGUACCGGUACGUUUUUUACUGUACCGGUAUACUUCGGGACUUUCCGUGGACGAUGCCUUUACGGAAAUUUUCGAGAAAUAAAUUAUCAGUGUCAUGAAACAAAAUACAUAAUUUCGAGAAAUUAUUUUAAAAGCAUCCAAUGUUAAUGAUUGUUUGUGUUCCAUUAACAAAUCUUUGAAAAAAUAACGGAAUUUCCCAAAGUAUCUAGAAUCUCAAAACGUUGUCACUAGCAAAAACAUGGUAGGUGACGAGUUUGUUUUUCGCAACACACGUGCGAUACUGGUCAUUUGCAGGGCUCGCCCUGUUCGUCAAAGUCGCAAAUUACAAAAAAUAAUAAAAAUUGGCAAAAGAAUUUUCGAUUUGGCGAAAAGAAAAAUUAAGAAACUUUUUUAAUGUCGAUUUUUAGUCACCAAACAUGCUUUCAACCAAUUUUGUUCGACAGAUAUGCCUCGCGGUAUGCAUAAGCGCCAUUUGCAUGUCCGGGUGACCAGUAUACUAUUCAAUAGUGACUGCUUCUCGUAAAGCUACAAAAUGCGAUCAUAUAAUAAUACUGUUCAAAACAUGUUGCAUUGUUGAUACUGAAUGUUUUAUUAAUAGCUACAACAAGGUUUACUUUUUACUUGUCACGUUUCUAGCGUUUUGUCGUAUCAGAUAAUGUCGUAAAAUCUAGGUCACGUGGUUGAGUUCAUUUUACUGAAGUGAUGAGGAUUACACAUUGUUUCUCACAUAUACACAAUCAUUAUUAGUUGAAAUGUUCAAAGUUAACAGAUUUAAUUUUAAACAUAUUCAGUGGGGGAAUUAUAAUUUAUUGAUGCUAUGUCUACUUAUAUAAUAUUAGCACAGACAUGAUACAUCCCUCCGCCCCUGGAAUAUAAACAUACAAAAGUCUCGGAUCACGUUGCAAUGAAUUUAUGAAACUGAAAAAGGUUUUUUUCCAGUUGUGAAAGUCUGAAAGACGGUUACUCGCCAGUGUUUUGAGAACAAUAACAUAUAAUGACGUUUUCUUUGUUUCUGUUUUUGGGUGACUGGCUAUAAUCUUGAGUUGGAUACGAAUAUAAUUAUAAACAGUAUUCAGUUUAAAACAUAUAUAUAAGUUAGGAGGAGGGGAGUUACGUACUUAAAAAAUAAACCCACGAAAGCCCAACUAUCUCGUUUGCAUUCAUAAAAUAAAAUACUGCCAUUGUGGCUAUUUUGUUUCUAAAUUGUUUUUCUUCUAUAAACAUGAAUUCGUUACCAAAGAGAUUAAAGAUACAGGCCCAUAGCACAUAGCUUAUAUAUAUGGCCCAUUGGGCCUGUGGAAUUAGCACGAUAUCAGGAGGGUUGGGGAAGUAUGCAGAGCAUCUAGUGGGAUGGCACAGGUUACAUUUUGUAUCUUUAUAUAGAGCAGAACAAAAACAUCGGCUACUGAAUGUCAGACUUUUGGUAAUUUUGAUAUAUAGUCUUAGAGAGGAAACCCACUACAUUUUCUCAUUAGUAGCACAUACCACGACCUUUGCUAUUCCA